CAAUCUUACCAAUGACGAGAAAGCUUUCAUAUUGCAAUAUCUCGACAUUAACCUGAACUCCAUAAUUCUCCUCGCGCUAUUGCACGGUGGGCAAUGACAUUUAGUGCCUUGACAAGUACGUGUUGACUGAUGGCAGGCAUAUACACCGGCAUUCUUGCUGUUGCAUUGUGGAAUAUAUUCAUCAACAAAUGCUGGCCGAUCCAACGAGCCUUGCCAGUUGUCGUUAUUGUCCUCCUUCAUGCUCUGAUUACUAUCAAUUUCGCUGCCCAAUGGUCAUUUCUAUGCUCCGUAUUCAUCCAAAACGGACAGAGUUUUUGGACCGUAUUUUCGAAGCUUAACAGCGUGAACCAAGCAUUCUUUUGGGAGUCAGGUAUUCCAUCCUCUAUGAGUACCAUUCUCGCAGACUUAUAUAUCAUUUGGUGCUGUUGGAUGGUCUGGGGGCGCCGCUGGCUUAUUGUUCUGCUUCCAAUCCUUUCUUUAAUUUCCGCAACUGUGUUCAAAAUCAUCGAAAUAUACCUUGAGUACUUCAAUGCAUCGUACGAAGUAUUCCCUAUACUCUAUGCAUCCUUCGUCCUGGCAACAACAUUAUGGUGCACGCUGUUCAUCAUUUUUCGCAUUUUGACUGUGACCGGAGUUAGAUGCGGAGCAGGCGACCGGCUGAGAGUUUAUCGCCAUUUUAUUGGAGUGCUAGUGGAAUCCUCCGCUCUCUAUUCGAUAGCUCUGGUCGUAUUCUUGACUUUCGUCAUUCGCAAGGAUUUUAGAUCGUUUUACCCUGACGUAAUAGCUGGCAUUGUGAAGGGAGUUGCACCCACGCUCCUUGUUGGCAGAGCAGCGGCAGGACACACACAGCCAACCGAACAACAUGAUGAAAGUGCGCCGGUGUCGACCCUUCGUUUCCAAUUAGCUUCUCAAUCUUCUCAACCUUCGCAACCUUCCACUUCAAGCUUCCAGGAAUUCACUGCACAGAGCGCAGUCCUUGAAAUAGACAUUGAGGCUCAACGGGAGCGGUCAGAUGAGCUCGUGGUAGUCAUUGAAAGGACGCCAUAAAGCUCAUGACGAGCAACUGAAAGUCGGGGUGAGACUUUGGGCUUGAUUUAGACUGUCAUUUUUUGUUCAUGCUAUCGUUUUUGAUUAUCGUACUCCCUACUUUAUUUUUCGAUCAACUAUAGAGUAUCUAAACCUCUGUAAGUUCUCCUUCCCUUCGGAUCUUUAUGUUUUGCACAACACUCCAGAAAGUACGUCGUCACAAUCAUCAACGAGGACAUCGAGGCUCGUCUGAAGAUAACGAAUACACGAAUCAAAGAAAAUUGGCGCUGAAAA